CAGAGAAUGGAAUUUUGAGUGUUUCUUUGCGUUUAUUCGUUUGUAGAAGGCACAUAUGUUUUCUCUAGAGACUGUGAUUGGGAUCAUGUGACAACACCAUGUGAUUAUAGAGUGUUCCAGUGAAGAUCUUCAGACAAGCGUAGUACAUUGUCCCGGAUUGCUUUUCUGUUGAGCGCUGCUCCUCUUUUUCACACAACAGUUUAUCACAAGUUUUCCACUAAAAAAUAAGCACAGCGAGAAAAUUUAUCGAUAAAUUCGCUUUAUUUAACACCGAAAACGUACCGAGUGAAAUUAUGAAGUGAAAAAAAAAAAAUGCUAAGAGACAAGAAAUGGCUCAAAAAUCAUCCCAAAGAGUCAUAGAGCAACGCUUAUUGAUAGCAGUGACAGCUGGUUGUGCCCUUGGUAUAUUACUAUGGUUCGUAUCUAUAUCGACAGAUUAUUGGUAUUACUUCAGUGCACCUGGAGCUGGCAUUUAUAUGAACAGAACCAAAACCAUUUUUCUGAGAAGUAAUGUCGGACUUUGGAGGCUUUGUCGAACGACGAUUCAGAACGGAACCGAACAGGAGUUUUGUAGAUACUUUAUAGAUUAUUCUAGGACAGAGGCGGUGUUUUCAGUCAUCACUGUAUUGUUGAUGCUUAUGGGAUUGGGAUUUAGCCUUUACACGUUUAAAGAACCCCGAUAUACUUAUAAAAGACUUGUUGGAGGAAUACAUUUUUUUACAGCUGGAGCUGUUCUCGUAGUCAUCGAAGUAUUGAUUAAUUGCCUUCACUACGAACAGAAAUAUGCUCCUGGAAGAUUUCCUAAGCGUAUAGAAUGGAAAUUUGGUUAUUCUUCUAUAUUGGCGUGGCUAGAUUUUGUCUUUUAUGUGAUUGCUGGUAUCAUAUUUGUGAUUUGUUCCAGAAAGAGAAAACGUGACAAAUCUGCACCAGAUGACGAACUGGCUCAAGCGGAUGAACCUCACAUUCUUGGACGCCUUUGAUGUGUUCAAAUUAAAAAACAAAAAAAAAGUUCCUGGUCAAAUUGACGUAAAUCAGAUUGUUUUUUAAAUAAUCAUCGAAUAUUUAUCGAUAAACUGAAUGUAUUUUUAUGACGAAAUUUUAUUAACGAAGCAC